AUGCUGACUCAGAUUCGAUCCACAAAGAGUCCUGUUCUUGGACUGAAGCCUGCGCUUAUUUCAUCGGGUUCAGCUUCGAGGGGAAUUCCAGAGCUACGAAGCGUGAAAGCGAUUCGCACCGCCAAUGAAACCAACUAUGCCAGAAUGCUCAGAGAAGAAGCACAAAUGGAUCUCCUUUUCAACAUUACGGCUAGUGCGGCUAACUGGGCACUGCUGGCUGGCUAUCUAGUCGUACCUGGCACGUUCACAUCACUACAGACCUCGAGCCAGGUUGAAAAGACGUUGCAAACCAACAAAGCCGGUCGUACCGCUCUACAUAUGAUCCAAAACCCUCCGUUACUCGUGAUUGCGUGCUUGCUUUUUGUUGGUGGAGCUGCAGCUCUCAUGUGGCUUAUGCAUUUCCCAAAGCUUAGAGGAAAUUACGUCUGGUUGAACAAUCAAGUGUUUCUACCCCUGUGUCUGCAUGCCGCUGCGGGGCUGCUGACCACCGUCAUCAACGUUUGCACGUCUCAAAGUGGGAAUUGGUCAGUAAUGGCUAUUAUAACAACUUCUGUUACUGGAGCAACUCUAGUGAUUUGUUCAGCACUUCUCGCGCUUUACAAGUUCUACAAAUUAGAGCUACUCCGAAAUGAGGACGAGUAUAUCCGGCGUGCCCGAGGCUCAGUCAUGUCUGAUACGUGA